AGUAUAUUUUUAUUUGCUCUUAUUGACAAGGAACCCCUCAAUGAAAAUCUGAGUUAGGUGAUUAGAGGGAAAAUUUAUAGUUCUUAAAAAGGCAAACAGGAAAAAAUUCUUUACUAAUAAAUUUAAGUUAGUAUAAAUAUAGUAAACCUGUAGUUAGUUGUGGUUCUCUAAUGGAUUAGUUAUAGUAGUUUCUCAUAUUGAUUAUUUUAAAAUAUGUGUUUUAAAAUAGUACUAUAGUUGGAGGUUUGUGACUCUGUUUCAUAGAAAUACUGUGUUUAAAGUAGAAAAUAUGUUUACAAUAUUUAAAGGAAACUGUGUUGUAUAAUAAAUAUCUGGAUGGCUGAGAAGCACUCUGGAAUUAUGUAAUAUAUUCUUUCCGGAUAUAUUAUAGACCCAGUGCAAUGGAAGAAUAUGUAAAAUGUUUCACACCUCAAAUAUUUUAUCAUGCUUGCUGCACAUAAAUGCAGAAUGAAGACAAACACAGAGAUGGUGUGUCUAAGAAAUUUCAAAAGGUGUCGGCCUCCUGAUUGAAGCACAGUCAAUUUAUUGGAUUCCUUUUUUUUUUCAUCCAUUUCCGUACUCCUACAAGGGAAAGUCAUGAUUACGCUAACAGAGCUGAAAUGUUUAGCAGACGCCCAGUCAUCUUAUCACAUCCUAAAACCAUGGUGGGACGUCUUCUGGUAUUACAUUACCCUGAUCAUGCUGCUGGUGGCCGUGCUGGCCGGAGCUCUCCAGCUUACACAGAGCAGGGUUCUGUGCUGUCUUCCAUGUAAGGUGGAAUUUGACAAUCACUGUGCCGUGCCUUGGGACCUCCUGAAAGCCAGCGCAAACACAUCCUCUGAUCCUGGGACACCGCUCCCACUUCCCCUCAGAAUCCAGAAUGACCUCCACCGACAGCAGUACUCCUACAUCGAUGCUGUCUGUUACGAGAAACAGCUCCAUUGGUUCGCCAAGUUUUUCCCCUACCUGGUGCUCUUGCACACACUCAUCUUUGCAGCCUGCAGCAACUUUUGGCUUCACUACCCGAGUACCAGCUCCAGGCUCGAGCAUUUUGUGGCCAUCCUUCACAAGUGCUUCGACUCCCCGUGGACCACGCGUGCCCUGUCCGAAACAGUGGCCGAGCAGUCGGUGAGGCCCCUGACACUCUCCAAGUCCAAGGUUCUGCUUUCAUCCUCAGGGUGUUCAGCCGACGUCGAUUCCAGCAAGCAGUCAUUGCCCUACCCACAGCCUGGCUUGGAGUCGGCCAGCAUAGAAAGCCCAACUUCUAGCGUCCUGGACAAGAAGGAGGGCGAACAGGCCAAAGCCAUCUUUGAAAAAGUGAAAAGGUUCCGCAUGCACGUGGAGCAGAAGGACAUCAUUUAUAGAGUGUAUCUGAAGCAGAUCAUAGUGAAAGUCAUUUUGUUCAUCCUCAUCAUAACUUAUGUUCCAUAUUUCCUAACCUACAUCACUCUGGAAAUCGACUGUUCCAUUGACGUGCAGGCUUUUACAGGAUACAAGCGCUACCAGUGUGUCUACUCCUUGGCAGAAAUAUUUAAGGUCCUGGCUUCAUUUUAUGUCAUUUUGGUUAUACUUUACGGUCUCACCUCCUCUUACAGCUUGUGGUGGAUGCUGAGGAGUUCUCUGAAGCAAUAUUCCUUUGAGGCGUUGAGAGAGAAAAGCAACUACAGCGAUAUCCCUGACGUCAAGAAUGACUUCGCCUUCAUCCUCCAUCUGGCCGAUCAAUAUGAUCCUCUUUAUUCCAAACGCUUCUCCAUAUUCCUCUCGGAGGUCAGUGAGAACAAACUAAAACAGAUCAACCUCAAUAACGAAUGGACGGUUGAGAAACUGAAAAGUAAGCUUGUGAAAAAUUCCCAGGACAAGGUAGAACUGCACCUUUUUAUGCUAAAUGGUCUUCCAGACAACGUCUUUGAGCUGACAGAAAUCGAAGUGCUCAGCCUGGAGCUUAUCCCGGAGGUCAAGCUGCCCUCCACAGUCUCGCAGCUGGUCAACCUCAAGGAGCUUCAUGUGUACCAUUCGUCCCUGGUGGUAGACCAUCCAGCGCUGGGCUUUCUGGAGGAGAAUUUAAAAAUCCUCCGCCUGAAAUUUACUGAAAUGGGGAAGAUCCCACGCUGGGUAUUUCACCUGAGGAAUCUCAAAGAACUUUAUCUGUCAGGCUGUGUUCUACCUGAGCAGUUGAGUACCAUGCAAUUGGAGGGCUUUCAGGACUUAAAAAACCUGAGGACCCUCUACUUGAAGAGCAGCCUCUCCCGGAUCCCUCAAGUCAUUACAGACCUCCUGCCUUCUCUGCAGAAGUUAUCCCUUGAUAAUGAGGGAAGCAAGCUGGUUGUGUUGAACAACUUGAAAAAGAUGGUCAAUCUGAAAAGCCUAGAGCUUAUCAGCUGUGACCUGGAACGCAUCCCACACUCCAUUUUCAGUCUGAACAAUUUGCAUGAGUUAGACCUAAAAGAAAAUAACCUUAAAACCGUGGAAGAGAUUAUUAGCUUUCAGCAUCUCCAGAACCUUUCCUGCUUAAAGUUGUGGCACAAUAACAUUGCUUAUAUUCCUGCCCAGAUUGGGGCACUAUCUAAUCUAGAGCAGCUCUCUUUGAACCAUAAUAAUAUUGAGAAUCUGCCCCUACAGCUUUUCCUAUGCACCAAACUACAUUAUUUGGAUCUAAGCUAUAACCAUCUGACCUUCAUUCCAGAAGAAAUCCAGUAUCUGAGUAAUUUGCAGUACUUUGCCGUGACCAACAACAAUAUUGAGAUGCUACCAGAUGGGCUGUUUCAGUGCAAAAAGCUGCAGUGUUUACUUUUGGGGAAAAAUAGCCUGAUGAGUUUGUCCCCUCACGUGGGUGAGCUGUCGAACCUUACUCAUCUGGAGCUCAUUGGUAAUUACCUGGAAACACUCCCUCCUGAACUAGAAGGGUGUCAGUCCCUAAAACGGAGCUGUCUGAUUGUCGAGGAGAAUUUGCUCAACACUCUUCCUCUCCCUGUAACAGAACGCUUGCAGACGUGCUUAGAUAAAUGUUGACCGAAAGGGGAAAUACCUUUUAAAUGUUUGCCCCAGGGCUUUAAACGAGAGCUAAAAUUUCCUAAGUUAUAACGAUGAAAAAUGGGUAAUAAUUAUGACUAACUAUAACCAGAUGUCUUUAAGGCAACUCAGUGUCUAGCCCUACAUUAAACAGGUAAAAAGUGUUAA